ACAGUAUUUUGUAAAACUAUAACAUGUAAUAAUAUGUGCAUUUUAAAGCAACUAUUAGCCCAAGCUGUCGAAUGAGACAUAUAAACCAACUACUGUAGUUAACAUUUUUUGUUUAUGAUAAUACUUUUAUAACUGCUGGCCCGGAUGCCCGUGUCUGUCGCAGGACAAUUAAAUCAUGACCCAGCUACUGAACAGGAAAAUACUACUACGACUAAUAAUAUAACAACAAUACACUACUCCAGCUGCGAACUGCAAUGAUGCAAUCAAACUUUUACAGUUGUGCGUGAUGGACAGUAGCAUCGCCUAUAAAACGAGAAGAAGGACACGAUCAGAGGAGAAGACAGCGAAAUCCCGUAUUGACCGUCGGAGAACCAGGAUUGGCUUUCUGUCUCACUUGCAAGACAGUGAUGAUGAUUCAGAUUUGGGUUUCAGCAGCAAAGCUUCAGAUACCGAGUCCCAGUUUGGCGAGAAUGAUGCUGCUAGCUCUUCCAGCAGCAGGGCAGAAGAGGGGAACCCAGUUCAGGAAAACCCUGUUGGAGACGACUGUGACAAGGAAUGUGUAGCACCCAAGAACCGGCGCAAAAGGACCUCCUCAAACGUGUUUCUUGAGAGUGACAGUGAAUCGAACAGUGGCACUGGGGGAGCCCCAGUCAGGAAGUGCAAAGCUAAAAAGCGUUAUACUUCCUUUAGAGAAGAUUCUGAGGCGUCUGACGAAAAUACAGAGUGGGAUAAAUCUUCUGCCAUUUUUAAUGAAAAGAAGGAGAAAGAGGACAGUAACAGGGUAAAAGAGAGACAAAUUAAGCUGAAACAGCUUUCGCAGAAGAUAAGGGCCAGAAGAGGAAGCUACAGUAAUGUAACAUUGGAGGACUCUGACGAUGAAUCAUUUCAAGGUUACCCAGCCACACUGUCAGAAAGCAACAGUGAUGAGGAGAAUGGCAGCAUGAAAGAUUUUAUUGAUGAUGAUGAUGAUGAUGAUGAAGAGGAGAAUGACGGUGCUGAGUUUGGAAUAAAAGACGAGGCACCAGCAGAAAAAUCAUUUAUGAUAAACCACAUUCCACUUUUUUCAUCAUGUAGUCAUUACUCCCAUUUCCAGACUGUCGUCAAAGCUCUCCUCAUCAAUGCACUCGACAACACCUUUUUAAAGUCUCUCUAUGAUGGCACCCGAAGAAAAAAGUAUGCACAGGAAAUGAGGACUUCACUUCAUUUCUAUGAUGAACGCUUUGUUCUACCCCGUCUCGAGAAUUUAAAACAAAGGAGUCGAUGGAAGGAACGAUACAAGGAGCGUGUGGAGUGCUACCCAAGCAUGAAGGUCGUUUCAAUUGGAGUACGACGUGGACCAUGUCAGGCCUGUGAGAUGCACAGGCACAGCAAGUACAUGGUCAUCCUGUCGGGACAGCAGUAUGACACCAAAACUCUGGAGGACGACAGCUUCAUGCCACACGACAAACAAGGUUUGAACGUUGGCAGUGUUUGUGUUGAGCGGACUCAGGUCUAUCAUCGGCUGAGGCAUUUCAAAUACCACCUGUUCAAGCUGUGCUGCUCUGUGCUGGAGCAAGAAGAAGAACAUGAGGACGAACCUGUGAAGGAUGUGGUUUUGAAGGUGUACUCUCUAUUGGACGGUCAAGGCUGGAUUAAAAAGCAGUAUGAUCAGUUUGAAGAUUGCCUAAAUGAUGCAGAUUACUUCCAGGAGGAGAAGUUGGACUAAAUGCUGUUAACAUGUAGCGGCUUGCCUUUUGCAUGCUGUAAAACAGGUCUUGUCAAGACGGAUUUCGCACUGUUGACGGCAAUGUGUACAUAAUAUUUGUUUUUCUAUACUACAUAUAGAAUUUAAGAAUUGUUUUUUGUUUUUACUUUGUCUUCAUCUAUUUUCUGAUCUUUACAAAUGUGUAGUUUCAUGCUGUUCCUAUCCUGUACUUAAAUCAAACAUUCUUAUGGUGUAACUUUAUUUUUACUUUGCCUUUAUCGACUUUUUUUUGAGACACCAACAUACUGUAAACAAAGUUUCUGUCUUUAAAACAUUGAAUAGUGCUGAAUUUAGAAACACGAGCAGAAAGAACCCAAUUUAAAUAUUUAACCCCAGCAGAAAUUAUUUUUUUAUGCAUCUCUUUUUAAUUGAGACAUGACAGCCCCAGAUCCAAUUGUGAUGACACCUGAUUACAGACCUUGCUUAGAAGUUAAGAAUUUGCACAUUGACGAAAAAAUUAAUAAUGUCAGCAAAACUGUAAUUUGAUUGUAAAACUUGGAAGAAAUGCAGUUUUUAUUUUUUCAACAAACCAUUAAAAAAAAUUGAAUUCAUUCUAAAGAAUAACUAAUCUUUAUAUUGUAAAUACAUGAAAACAAGAACAGAACCAUUUUUAUAUGAAGUGUAUUGUGUUUCUUGACAUCAAAUACAGAGAAUGCCUUGGCGUAUGUAAAAAGACAGUGCCAUUCUUGAAGGAGCAAAAAUAAGUUAUCUUAUUAUUUUACAACAAACCCAAUUUGUAUUCAACCAUGACAUGUGGCUCUCCCAUAACUUCACUUUGUGCCGGAUCUGCAAAUAAAAAACAGAUCAGAAUUAA